CACUCCUGUAUGGUGGAUAUUCUACCCCAUCCUUCUUUCUUGGGUGAUAUGGGGGAUCAUUCAAAAAAGAAGUCUGGAAUCGCCAUGUGUGUCGGCUGUGGAAGUCAGAUCCAUGAUCAGUACAUCCUGCGAGUGUCCCCGGACCUGGAGUGGCACGCAGCCUGUCUGAAGUGCGCAGAAUGCAGUCAGUACCUGGACGAGACGUGCACUUGCUUCGUCCGAGACGGCAAGACUUAUUGCAAGAGAGAUUACGUACGAUUCGCAGAACCUGUGCCACUUCGACAGCCAGCUCACCGGAACCACGUUCAUAAGCAGUCUGAGAAGACCACGCGUAUUCGGACAGUAUUAAAUGAAAAGCAGCUCCACACUCUCCGGACGUGUUAUAACGCAAACCCGCGUCCGGACGCGCUAAUGAAAGAACAGCUCGUGGAAAUGACCGGCCUGAGCCCACGCGUUAUACGAGUGUGGUUUCAAAACAAACGCUGCAAAGACAAGAAGAGAUCCAUUCUGAUGAAACAGCUACAGCAACAGCAACACAGCGACAAAACGAAUCUUCAGGGUCUCACGGGAACGCCUCUGGUGGCAGGCAGCCCGAUUAGACAUGACACCACAGUCCAGGGAAAUCCUGUGGAAGUUCAAACCUAUCAGCCUCCGUGGAAAGCCUUAAGCGAAUUUGCCUUACAGAGUGACCUGGACCAGCCUGCUUUCCAACAGCUGGUGUCAUUUUCCGAGUCGGGUUCGCUGGGUAACUCGUCUGGUAGUGAUGUGACCUCUCUGUCAUCGCAGUUACCCGACACCCCCAACAGCAUGGUGCCCAGUCCCGUGGAGACGUGAGAGCCCACCGGAGACUCCUGCCCCAGCAUGCCCUCACCCGCCCUGCAUGAAAACCCAUCACCUCACCGCCUCAAACGGAAAAAGGGAUUAACCGAGAUGGAUUUAAACAGUUUGCCAAACGGAGGAGCCUGUCCAAGCGACUUUGGGGUUUCCAGACGUGUUACAAAACUGUUUUGAAAGCAUUUGGACAGUAUCGAGGACGUCCAGCGGAAUAUGAACACGUUAUUUUGGUUUUGAUUAUGGACCACUGUCAUCCUUACGAAACAACAGUCUUAACAGUGUUUAUUCAAGACCAUCAUUGUGUAGCUUUAUCAACAAGUGGUAUUUUCCUUGCAAGAC